AUGACUAUUUCUGUCUCCAUCCUGGAAACUGGUACCAUCAGGAUUCGACCUUCCCAUCGCACGCAGCCCGCAACGAAGAAUGUCGGCCUUCGUCGUCUUACCGUCUUCACUGAUCGAGCAUGGACGGAGCCACUUCCGAUCAAUACCUAUUUGAUCUCUCAUCCAGAGGGUUAUAUCCUAUUUGACACUGGUGAAUCUCCUCAAACAAUGCAACCGGGCUAUUUUCCUUCCUGGUCGCCAUUCUUCCAUCUAGCUGUGGAUAUUCAUGUUCGGGAGCACGAAGGCAUACGUGCCCGCCUCAAUCAGCAUGGAAUCUCGCCCUCAGAUCUUCAAGCUGUCGUUAUUUCCCACCUCCACCAUGACCACGGCGAUGGUAUUGCCGACCUUGACGGGGCAGAUAUCUUCGUGAGCCCGGAGCAUUGGGAUGCAUUUAAAUCUCCUUAUCACGCCACAAUGGAGGGAGCAGUGCCUAGUCAAUGGCCGAAAGGGUUCGUGCCAAAGCUUCUAGAGCGGACUGGUGGACCAGUUGGGCCAUGGAAUUCGAGCUACCCUAUCACCAAGGACGGGAAAGUGAUUGCAGUGGAUACUCCUGGGCAUGUUCCUGGUCAUAUUUGCUUGAUUGUUUACGGAGAUGACGCAACGUAUCUGCUUGGCGGAGACUCUACCUACGAUCAGGAUCUUUUGGAUCGCGAGCAGACAGAUGGUGUCAAUGGCAACCCACUACUUGCAGUGGAGUCCUUAAAGAAGAUCAAGAAAUUUGCCAGCCAGGAGCCUAUCGUCAUCUUGCCAGCACACGACCCGGACGCUGCCCAUCGACUGGCACUCAACGAAAUCUACGUGCCAGGAUAUACCGCAGGCACUACUCCCAGAGAGUGCCCUCAAGGACAUAAUUGGCUCUUGAUCUGGCUCUUGGCUCUGGGGACGAUCUUUAUAUAUCGAAUGCGGCGAAGAUGA